AACGUCCUCGCGCUGUUCGCGUUUGCUUGUUGGUCCUGUCGAUAUUGGUUUUCAAAACCAUCCAGUGAGAGUGGCGUUAUAGAAGGCUGAAUAUUCAAGAAGACGCCAUGGGUAGAAUGAAUCGGGCCGCGCUCGCCAUAAGAUUGGGAUAUCACGGAUGCGCAAACAGGCCAUUUUUUCAUAUCCAACUGCAAAAGAAACACCAUGCGCGCGCGCACGCGAGUCCCGUUUUGGAGCAGCUGGGGGUUUACGACCCCAUGCCAAACAUCAACAAUGAGCGCCUGUUGUCCAUCAAUUUUGAGCGUCUCCAACACUGGCUUGGACAGAGGAAAAGCGUCGAAGUGACACUGCCAGUGCAACAGCUACUUGGGUUGGUCGGAUUCUUCCCCGUUCAUCCUCGUUCGUAUAUUCAAGCCUGGCGCAAACGACGGGAGCAGGAAGCGGAAAACAAAGCCAACGAAGAGGAGAAAUCGUAAUGCUGCGUUGAGAAUGGACGUCUCAUGUAGCUUCAGACUGCUUUCCUCUUCUGAUUGCAUGUAGAAAAACGAUGAGAAAAUAUAUUACAUUGAACACAG